AUGCUGGAAGACUCGGAUGAGUUUGGCUGGCAUGAUGAGUCGGACGACGAGGAAAUUGCCAAGGUACUCGGAUCAUCCAGCCAGGCUACAGAAUCAUUCUACUCGCAGCCCAUCUUCUAUCCCGACUUGCCAUCCAAAGCCCCUCGAACUCCACAGACAGCAUCGCCAGGAAAGCGCAAGCUUGAACAUUCGAGCUAUUCUUUUGAUCAAACCGUCUUUAGCGAUACAUCUCCAACCCCGUCUCCAUCUCGAUCUCGAUCUGGAUUUGGAUCUGAAUCUACAGCUGCAUUUGCACUGGCAACGCCGACAUCAACCCGCGCCUCCCAAUCAACUUUUCAAUCACGGUCUCAAUCUCAAUCCCAAUCUUCAAUCCUCAGAACUUACCCUCCCUCCUCAGCCGAGCUCUGCAUGACACCUACUCCGGUCCGAAACCGCGACGCCCUCAGCUUAGACACACGACCCGAUGAAUCUGAAUUAUCCAAAUCGGCCUGCUCCAUCCUAGAAAAACACGGCGUGGUUCUCCCCAAUAAUGCCUACGACGAGCUCGUCGAGCUUCUGAACCGGCACGAUUUGAAAAUGAGGGGCGUCAAUCGGGCGAGGGAUAUUCUACGAGUGGCGAUGAAGAAGAAGGAUGAGGAGAUUACAAGGUUGAAGGAGAGAAAUACGAAUCUGCUGGCGCAGAAUGAGAUGGAUCGAAGUAUUAUUGAUAGGAUGAGACGGAGGGAGCGAGGUUGA